AUGUCGACAACGCUCCCUCUGUUUUGGGACUUGUCUUCGGCUUCCAAGAAACAGCGGAUCGACGCCUCUGUCAAGCUCAUUGGCGCCUUGGAGCAAUUUCAAUCGCAGUUUUCUCCCAAACAACCACAAGACUCAGACUCAGACGACGAAGAGUCGCCGAAAACGAACCCAAUCGACCUCUUCAAUGCCCAGGAUGUCUCUUAUUCGAUACGCCGUCUUAUUCGGGGCCUUGCAAGUCCACGAGAAAGCAGUAGGCUGGGGUUUGCUGUCGCGUUGACUGAGUUACUCUCGCGUCUCGAUACAGUAACAAGCAGCCAGAUACUGACUCAGCUGGCGGAGUCGACCAAGCCGCAAGGUUCCAUGACCGGCCAAGAAGAGCGCGAUCUACUUUUUGCUCGUCUAUUUGGCAUUACUUCCAUAAUCCAGUCCGGCCUCCUUGUCCGCACGACACCAUUACGCUUUUCUCCGUCUUCUGACACGUCGGCGUCCUCACUUUCCAGCUUCCAGGAGGCGAUAUCCACGCUCUUAGGAUUGGGCGACAAAAAGUCGUGGCUAAGGGAAAGCGCGUGGUGGACAAUUGGCCUCGCUAUCGAUUCACUGAAUGUAGCCAAGGUCUCCUGGAAGGAUGAGGCAUUCGAUUUCCUUGUGGAUGCGUUAUUUGGGGAGAACAAUACUGUCUGGUCGCCAGAGAAGAUCGCAAUGACACUGAAACUCCAGGCGAUCCUCCCACGACGUGAAUGGCAAAAGCUUCUCUGCCCUCCCUUCAAAAAUGUAGACCUCCUCAGCAGCUCCAACCUGUUAACUAUUGCAAAAAUUCUCAAGGAAUCCUCCUCUGAUCUGGAUGAGAACGACAACUCAUUCAAGUCGGCGACAGGUCCUUGGAACCCUCAACUUCCCUUUGUCUGGGACGUCAUCCUUGAUCAACUGCUCCCCGAGUCGUCAAAACCGUCGGUUAUCACCAAAGGCACCUUUCCCGAGUUUUUUAGAGUUGUUGUUGAUGACUCGUUAUUUUCUUCAACUUCCUCUCAGGAGCGCAAAUAUAGUGGCUUUCAAGUAUUCCGAAAAGCCCUUUCUCGUGUUACGCCCAACACACUACCAAUGCUCUUCACAAAAAAUUUCAUGCGUUCGUGGAUCAACCACCUCUCGCAUCCUGAUCGCCACUUGCACAAAGUUGCUAAACAAGUUGCGUCGGAUAUACAGAGUCUCGUCAAAAGCCAACCUCAGCUCGGUUUUGCCUUCAUCAUGGAACUCACCGGUGUUAACGGGAACACACAAUUUGACAAGUUGACCAAGUCAAAGACGGUGGAAUCCAUAUUGGCUUCUAUGGACACCAGUGGUAUAAAGGACUAUAUUCAGCAUCUCCUGAGACAGGUCAAUCCAGAUGAGCAACCCGAUGUCUCCGCAAUUAACCUCCAAAGAGCCUGGAUCAUCGACCAGCUAUCCAGUCUCAUUCGCAAUGCCGUGGUCCCAACAGACGACAAUUGUAAGAUGUUGGUACUUGACUGGUUGGUUGUCCAUGGACUAUUUGUCAUCAAGAAAAAGUCGGAAAAGAGUCCAUAUCAUGCGCUGCAUAAACUUCCGACGCCGCCGUUCUCUGACGCUCUGCGACAGCAAUGUCGCGACCGUCUUCUAUCAUGUCUUGCCGAUCUGACCAGCCGAGUGCAGACAGUCAAGUUGGAUGGGGACAACACUGUCAAAUAUCCAGGCAUCUCGUCCAACGGGGACCUUUGGAUUAGUCGGGUUAUUCGAAGCCUGGAAACCCUCAAGAACGACAGCAAACACGUUGCGCUCCUGGCCGACAUCGACGAUGAAGAUGCCGCAGUAUACUCCUCCGUCAAAGCAGCUAUCGAACAAGUUGGCUCAGCGUCUGAAACCAUGAAAGAAACGGCCAAAGGAAUGGAGCUUCUCUUGUCGGGCAUGCUACUGGACCAAUACGUCGACGACCAACCGGAGCGUGAUCUGACAGGGUUAGAGGAAUGCGUCGAAGCCUGCACUCGGCUUUUCGCUCCCCCGAAGAAAGUCAAGAGUAAAAAGAAUAAGAAAGCGAGCACGGAUGAGCCACAGUCAGAUCUACCAGAGCCCAUCGACAUCGUGGUCGACACUAUCAUUGGCUUCCUCGAAAAGUCAACUGCUUUCCUGCGCGUCGUUGGCAACCAGGCUUUCACCCUUAUAUCCAGCUCUGUUCGAGCAUCAACUGUUGACCUGAUUCUUUCGCAACUAGAAAGAAGGAAUCCAGAGGAGCUGGCACACGAGAGCGAGAACGACGAGCCGGAAGACGGUGAUGAAGAGGGCAGUGAAAGCUCUAGCAGUGACUCUGACAUCGAGAUUGACGAAGAAAGCGACGACGGAGAAGUUGAUAUGGAACUCCGGCGCAAAAUAGAGGAGGCCCUCAAGGUCAACGGAGUGGAUGCUGAAGAUGGCUCACAUGACGAGGAAAGUGACGAGGACCUGAUGGACGACGAACAAAUGAUGGCCAUCGAUGAACAACUCGCCCAAGUUUUCAGAAUGCGGGAGGGGGAGAAGAAGGGCAAAAAUGUCGAUGCACAACGGGAAGCCACCCAUUUCAAGAACAGAGUCCUCGAGCUUGUCGACACCUUUCUCAAAAAAGAGGCCACCAGUCCGCUGCUCGUUCGCUUCCUACUUCCUUUGGUCGAACUCUCUUCUGGCACCAGCUCCGAUGAGGGCCAUCUCACCGACAAGGCCAAAGGCAUCCUGCGCUCGCGAAUCUCCAAGUCAAAAAGUGUGCCGUCCAAUGCGAACAUGGAUGAUAUCAAAUCUGCCUUGAGCGAAGUACACUCGCGUGCAACAAGAGUGCACUCUCCAGAGCUAUUAGGCCUGUUGAGCCACUGCAGUCUGUACCUCUCCAAGAUUCUGAUCGAGGCAUCAGAGCACAAGUCCGUGGUCGACGCAUACCGGUCCUCCCUGCAGGACUUUGUCAGCCGCAAAAACUCGGCGCUCAACCAAGCCUUCUUCAGCGAGGCCAUACGCCGCUAUCCAGAAGCGUUCUGGGCUCUCAAAACCGAUAUAACAGCCCUCGCCAACACAGCCAUCAAUGGAUAUCGACGUCUGCAGUGUUUGCAACUACUGCAGACACUCUUGAGCCGGCUCCCUUCCGUAGAAAAGCAGGAGGGCAUCGCAGCACUGUUGCGGUCUUUCCGGGAGGCCCUCACAGAUUGCGUCACAGAGGCUUGUCAGGAAGACAACAACGUGUUUACCGUUGCCCAGAUGAAAGAGCUGCUCAAACUGGCUUCAUUCGCCAUGCGACAGACAUAUCGCGUCCUUACUCCAACCGAGGCCCGGAAAGCUUGGAAUCCAGAAGCGUGGCAGGCCCUCAGCCAGAGUUUGGCAACGUCCACCCAUUUCAAAGCUGCCGUUGGGGUCCACAAGUCGUGCGAAAAAUUGGGAGUCUCGCCGCAAACUCCAACUGUCGCAACAAAACGCAAGGUCGAGGCUGACGAUGCUGCUGUUGAACCGCCAAAGGCAAAGAAAAAGAAGGUGCGCCAAUAA